GCCAAACUGAUAACAUCCGGGUACGCCAUCUUGGUCGCCAUUUUGAAUUAGAAGAAAAUUGAAAUGGACUUGUUGGCAAAUUACUCCGACGAAAAUUCGAAGCAGUCUCCAAAUCCAGUUGCUCCAAUAAUUAAUAAGUCAAACAUGACUUGUGAACAAGUGUCAAUAACCUUGCACCCGCAAGACGAAGGUAGUUCUUCACUGGUGAUAGAUGGGUUAUGGAUUCAAAGAUGAAAGCUAAAAGUUUAGAAGAAGAAUGGGCAUCAUUUGAAAAACUUAUUGAUGGUGAGAAGAUGUCUGACACUGCAGAAAAGAAUGGGGCAGGAACAAGUGAUGGAAAUGUUACGAAGAGGAAGUUUUCUGAAGGUGCUUCUGGUACAUCUGAAUCUUAUGCAUUUGAGAUUCAGUCCAGCUCCAGUUCUUGUUCAUCAUCAAGAUCAAAUUCUGUUGAACCUGAAAAAUUACCAGAAUCGAAGAAUACUGGAGAUAUGGAAAGUGCAUCUCAUCUGCCAUCUCAGUUCCGUCCAAGAAAGGAUAGUGGUAGAGGCAGUUCAACCUCCAGAUCUCGAUCCCGGUCUCACUCCCCAAGGCGAUCCAAGAAAUCUAAAGAUAAGAGAAGUCGGUCACACUCCAGGGACAAAAGAUCACGAUCUAGGGAUCGACACAGAGAUAGAAAAUCGCACAAAAAAGAGAAACGUAGACACAGAAGCUCAUCACGAGACAGAAAAAGCAGAAGUCACUCCAAAAAACGAAGUUCAUCUAGACAUCGAAGUCCACACUCCAAACACAGUCGAAGCAGAUCUAAAGAUCGCAAGAGAACUCGGGAUAGAAAAUCAUCGAGGGAUCGUCACAGGCAUAGAAGUAAAGAUAGAAGCCACAGAAGAAGGAAACACAGCAGUAAAAGCCCUAGAAGGAAAAGUAGUAGAAGUCCUAGAAGAAGAAGUAGUAGAAGUCCUAGAAGAAAUAGCAGAAGCCCAAGGCGACAUAAAAGUCGUUCUCCAAGACGACGCAGUAGUAGAAGUCGUAGUUACAGCCCAAGAACAUUUAAAAAUGUGCCUGUUGAUUCAUAUCAAAAGAAACUGAUGGGAACGCUAGCCAAGUCAUCUAAGCCAUUGACUUUCAGAGAAAAGAUGAGACAAGAUUUAUUGAAAGCUAGUAAAAUGUUGUCAGACCAAGCAGACAAAGGAUUGUUAAUGGAUGGUAAGACAUCAGAUACUGGUAAAGACAAGUUUAGAAAUCUGUCUUCCUCAUCUUCUACUGAAGCUAGUAAUGUAACCCCACAAAUGGCCUUACUACAGACAAUGGCAGCCAUGCAUCAAAAGGCUCAAGAAAUGACUGGUGUAACAGUUCCCAAGUAUUAUAAUCCAGCUGCUGUUAACCCUCUAAAAUAUGCUGAACAGUUUCAGAAAAGAAAAUUAUUAUGGUCAAAGAAUAAGGAAAAGAAAGAGGAGAAAGGUGGAGAACAUUGGCAAGGUACAGCAUUUCAAGCUGAUAACGAUGGCAAAAUAUCGGCUAAAUUCCGUAAAUUGAUGGGUAUGAAAGAGGAUGAUCCUAUCACCGAUGAAGCAUUAACAGAAGAGCAAAAACUUAAACGAGAGGAAAUAUUUAAUAGAUUAGAUAAAGACUAUGAAUUUGCUAGAAUGUCAACACAUACACACCGUGGUGUGGGAUUAGGGUUCGCUUCACAGGGUAUGUCAAUCCCACAGUUUCCCCAACCGUGAAAUUAUCAAGUGCUAGUGAUGUGUUAUCUGUGAUUUAGAAUAUUUUAAUUUUAAUACGGACAGUGUUUAACUUGAAGGACAUUCUUUGAUAGGGCUAGUUUCCAUAUUAGUUCUGUGGUCAAAGCUGGAAUUAUUAGUAUUUAUUGAUUGAAUGAAUUUGGCAUACACUUGAGGUUUCACGGUCAAGUUUUGAUACAUAAAACCCCACAGCUUCGCAACCAGUAUCCAGUGUAGCUUUUUUGGUCGAGGAUAGAUGGUCAAUUUAUUUUACACCAUAAUGCCAUGCACAAUUUAUUAUUGUGGAUUUCUUUGAGGCCUUGUAUAACUUAUUUCAGCAUGGAACAUGUAUUUGUAUUGUAAAUGGUUAAAACUGGCUCAAUUGUGGGGUGACUUAAAAUACAUAAAUUUGUCUGGUUGCUUUAUAACAACUUCGAAAUGGCCAUACAGUUUUUUUAAAACUGUUGAAUGAAAUCCCAUGCUAUAUGGUAAUAUUGUAUCUAUGUGUGCAUAUAAAGUGGCUUGAAUCAAGCUGUAUAACUGAUAGUCAACAUGACUUUAAAAAUGCUCUUAAGAAAUGUGAAUAAUGUAUAAUUAAUGUACAUAUUGAUUAGUGUAUAAUAUGAUUGUUUCUAAAGUAUAAAGAUAAUAAGUUUCUAA